GUGCCGGUGUCGGCCAUGAAGCUGGUGAAUGGGGGAGGAGGAGGAGGUGGCGGAGGUGGCGGGGGAGGUGGAGGUGGAGGAGGAGGUGGUGGAGGAGUGGGCGGAGGGGGAGAGAAGACUGCCUUUUCCUUUAAGAAGUGCUCCGCUUUCCAGUUUGUCAAGAGGAAGGUACGAAGAUGGAUGCGGAACCCCAAGGUGAGCGUGGAGAAAGCCCAGGGGAAAGGCCUCCUCUACCCCUGUCCAAAGUGUCCGCUGGCUGAGGACCUGUGGUACACACACUUCCCCUCGCCUUACGGCUGCUGUCACUAUGCUGGCCUGCAGGGCGGCCAGUACUACCACCAUGAGCCGUGCUCGCCGUGCCCUGCCAACGGGCAAACCGGUGGCCAUGACAAGAGCAAGGGCUGUAAGGUCAGGAAGUGGAAGAUGCUGGCUCGCCAUCAUGGCGAUGGUACAGGCAAGCAGAAGGAAGCAGAGUCAGACGUCCAUCUGGGAGGUUGUCAGUCCUGGGGGAUCCAUGCCUCGCCCCUCCUUGCCAGCCCUGUCAUGCUGGAGUGCUCCAUCUGCAGUGGACCCUACAUCAGCUACGUCAUGGACGAUAUCUGGCAGCCACGCCAACGCACACAGGCGAUGGACCUGUACUACCACAAUGACUCAGACCCAGACAGCUACUGUUGCCCUGGCGACAACACUUUUAUGAAACAGAGGAGGAUGGGUCUGAACGAUUUCAUUCAGAGGCUUGCCACAAACUCCUACGCCUGCAAACAUCCUGAAGUGCAGUCUAUUCUGAACUUAAGUCCUCCUCAGGAUCCCGAGCUGAUGAACACAAACCCCUCUCCUCCCCCCAGUCCAUCCCAACAGAUCAACCUCGGUCCGUCCUCAAACCCUUCAGCCAAACCCAGCGACUUCCACUUCCUCAAGGUGAUUGGCAAGGGCAGCUUCGGCAAGGUCCUGCUGGCACGCCACCGCACGGAUGACCAGUUCUACGCUGUCAAAGUCUUACAGAAAAAGGCCAUUCUCAAGAAGAAGGAGGAGAAACACAUCAUGUCAGAGAGGAAUGUGCUGCUAAAGAAUGUCAAGCACCCAUUCUUAGUGGGCCUGCACUACUCUUUCCAAACAGCAGACAAGCUCUACUUCAUCUUGGACUACAUCAAUGGUGGAGAGUUGUUCUACCAUCUACAGCGAGAGCGCUGUUUCCUUGAGCCCAGAGCCAGGUUCUACGCUGCAGAGAUCGCCAGUGCCCUGGGCUACCUCCACUCCCUCAACAUUGUCUACAGAGACUUGAAGCCAGAGAACAUCCUGCUGGACUCCCAGGGACACAUUAUUCUCACAGAUUUCGGCCUGUGCAAAGAGAAUAUCGAACCUAACGGGACCACGUCGACAUUCUGCGGUACGCCAGAGUAUUUAGCUCCUGAGGUGCUACACAAGCAGCCGUAUGACAGGACUGUAGACUGGUGGUGUUUAGGAGCUGUUCUCUAUGAGAUGCUCUAUGGCCUGCCUCCGUUCUACAGCCGUAACACAGCGGAGAUGUACGACAACAUCUUGAACAAGCCGCUGCAGCUCAAACCUAACAUUUCCAACGCAGCCAGACACUUGCUGGAGGGCCUGCUACAGAAGGAUCGGACCAAGAGGCUGGGCUGCACAGAAGACUUUACUGAAAUUAAGAACCACAUAUUCUUCUCUCCCAUCAACUGGGAUGACCUCAAUGCCAAGAAGAUCACCCCUCCCUUCAACCCCAAUGUGACGGGACCCAAUGACCUGCGGCACUUUGAUCCAGAGUUCACAGAUGAGCCGGUGCCCAGCUCCAUCGGCUGUUCCCCAGACAGUGCACUUGUCACAGCCAGCAUCAAAGAGGCUGCUGAGGCCUUUGUGGGCUUCUCCUAUGCCCCUUCUAUGGACUCCUACCUAUAGGAUUUAAACGCAGACACUUAAUGGACAUCAGUUUAGACUUACAGGACAUGAGCUGUGGCGUGUCCAUGGAUCUGCAUCUUGACCGCACCCUACACUUGCCAUCAGGAUGAUGGAUAUUUCUGAACGAACCCCUGCAACAUCCACAAAAAUUUAUACAUGUGUACUUGCCAUAUUAUGCCCAUUGGGGCCCUCCAUCUUACCACACAAUUUACAAACGCACAAAUUCUUCAGCCUUCCACAGCGGACACAAACCAAGAUCUCUUUUCAGCCUUUGAUUGUCCAUCUUUAACCUGAUAGUGGAGGUCCUUUGCACAUAGCUCAGGCAGCUUAAAAGCCCCCCCUCGACCCUGAAGCCACAACUGACAAGCACACACACCAAUUUCCACCUUUUCUCAAAAGAGGAAGGCUGGACCAUACUGUACCAGCUCUGAAAAGGAAUUCCAUCUUCAUCUAUGUAGCGAAACAUCUUUUGAGAUUCUGUCUACCACCCACUGGGAUCUGCCUGUUGAGUCUGACUGAGUAGCUUGGAGAUGACAUUCAUUUUGGUGCUUUAGUUUCUUCUCAUUUCCUUUCAGUGUGUUUGAAAAGGGAGUCAUUUGAAGCUGAAUGUUACAGAGGGGGACAUUUUAUUUCUCUCAAAGGUGCCUUUAUUUUCUUCUCUCCAUCAGAACUCGCCGCUUUUGGGUUUGUCUGUGUCAAACCUUAAUGUUCCAGUUUCACCAGUUGUGUUUUUUUUUUUUUUUUUUUGAAGUCACCAGAGAGGAGCGAUGUAGCACUAAAUUUCAUACACUCGUUCUGUCUUUAAUAUGUGAGACGUAGGAACUCAACUGAUGUUUCAUAUCUUCAUUUGCACAUUAAACAAUAACGGUAAUGCUGAUAGAGAGAGAGAGAGCUCAGCUGCUAGGUGAGAAAGAGAGUAAUGUGUUCAGAGGCGUUUGUGUAGUUCUGCUUGCCAACCGUGUCCCCCUCAUAUAGUCUUCCAUUCGCCUCACAAUAAUGUAACGCUGGCCUGCAGACAGGCUGACAACAUCGAAACUCAACAUUCCAUUUUAAUAUUGCUGUAAUGCAGUUUGAUGGUAUUUAAGUUUGUUUGUAUAUUUCGGAGUUAUGUGUACUAGUUUUAAUGUAUAUUGAACAAAAAAACGACUAAAGGUAUGCUUAAAUAUGUAUAUGUAACAAUUCAUGUUAAAUGUACUGUAAAUUGUAAAAUUGUUUAAGAUUUAUGUGACCAUGUUUGGUUUGCAAUAAAAGUUUAACUUUA